AUGUCGGCGCUCCCCGCAUCGUCACUCUCGCGGCUACGCGUCGUGCACAGGAGCUUUCUCACACGCCGUGGCGGCCGCCACGUGCCGCGCGCCGCUGUCGCCGUCGAGUACCGCCCAGCGGUGCAGAAGCGGGUCGGUGACGGCAACUACGAACGCGUCAUCGACGCGGAGGCGCUGCACGGCGACGAGCAGCUCUUCUGGGGGGCGCGCCGCAGCUUCUACCGCAAGCCGGUGCAGUACUACCCUACAUGGGACAGAGUCGCCCAGACGCUCAUUCUCAUGACGCGGCACGUGCCACGCGUGCCGCAAGAGAUGGCGUUCCGACUCAUGGCGGUGUUCCUCAAGCUGCUGCUGCUGCCGCGGCUGGUGGUGAACGCGGAGGUGCUGCUGCCGUCGUGGGUUGCCACGAACGCAGAGGGGCUCCUCCUCACUUCACGGGAGGGCGUAGAGGACGGGAAGCAGCAACAGCAGAAGAAGGAUGAUGCAAAGGAAACGAAGGACAGUAGCGCACAUGAGCCAAAGAAGGAGUGA